AUGUCUACCACCACUUGUCUCCAGAUCGAACAACUACACAAUAAGCCCUCGAAUUUUCAUAGCCAUAGGCUUGCUGAGGCUAAUAUUCAGUCUCAUUUCCCCAAAACGGCCAAAAUCGGAGAGGUUACACAAACACCAGUUCCUUCGGAGACAAAUCAAAGAGCGUUGCUCCUCAAGGCGGCCCGAGAACAAUAUACAUUAGUAGAUAAUCAUCAGAUUCCUUCCGUUAUACACUCCGGCGAGAUAUUAGUGAAGGUGUUGGCGAUCGGCCUCAACCCUAUUGACUGGAAAGGACCGGAAUACAACUUUGGAAUCCCAAGUUUACCAUGGAUUAACGGACGCGACCUAGCGGGAACAGUACUUCAAGUCCCCAGUGACUCUUCGCGCCUUCGUGUAGGAGAUAUCGUACUGGUCCCAUCCACAGAUUACCGGGACAUUAGAAAAGCAGCCUUCCAAGAAUAUGCAAUCGCGACCGACUUUAAUGCCGCACGCAUACCUUCAUCAACAUCCAUUCAUGCAUCCGCAUCUCUCGGCGUCGCAUUCGUUGCUGCCGUUUUGGCACUGGGAGUAUCAUUCGGAUUAGACUUUUCUCGAUUUACAAAGUCACCGGGUCCUAAUCUGGUAGAGAUUGUGAACAAGCUUGAUAAGAAGGAUAUCCCAGCUGAUAUUCAUGAUGAAUUAUUUGUUGGAUCUGAAUCUGAUCGGCCUCAACCAGGAGACUGGAUUGCAAUCUGGGGAGCCUCCACAACCACCGGUCUAGUCGCUCUUCAACUAGCAAAGCUCGCCGGGCUACGCGUUAUCUGUGUAGCAGAUGCAGCUCGCCACGGCGCCAAGCUCAUACAAUCCGGGGCGGAUCUACUAGUAGAUCGCCACGAUACCGACAGAGCAGUAGAUAUCAUCCGGGGAGUAACGGGUGGUAAACUGCGCUAUGCAAUCGAUAUCGUUGGCAGGGAGACAUCCACAUUAUUGGAAAAGACACUUGACACUUCUGGCGGCGCGCAUCUUCUAGGCCUUACAGGCUUACCGAAGGAAAGGAAUUCUGCGAUAAAAUAUCAUACCGUCCCGAUUAAACUUUUCCAUACAGCGCCAACUGUGGGAGAAGGUAUGGUUGUUUGGUUGGAAAGCUUGCUGGAGUCGGGUGCGUUGAGUCUGCCGGAAAUUGUUCAUGCAGAUGGUGGGCUGGAAGGUAUUAAUGCUGCGUUGAACGUUCUUCGAAGUGGGGAGGCUUCUGGGAAGAGGAUUGUUGUUGAUUUGGGAUCUAAAUAA